GAGUUGAUGUAUGGAAUUCGUUAGAAACAAAACUUAAUGAAGUAAACUCCUAUAACACCUUUAAAAAGAAAAUUAAACAACAUUUUUAUGCACAAUUACCAAUAUAUAAAACAUACUUCUCUAAUGUAUACUAAUGACAUAUACUUUAGUCUAUUGUAGCCCAACAUUGUCAUUGUAAAAUUAAAUGCAUCUACAACAUUACUAUUAAUUUAUAUAAUACGAACAUUCCCAAUUCUUUUUCUCUCUUGUAAAUAUAGUGUAUAUACUUCAAAACUUUCUGAUUUUACAUAUUAUGUAUUGAUUGACUGUAAAUAAUCGAUUAUGUGAUGAAACGAACAGUAACUAGAGACCUAAAAUAAAAAGUCUAUGAAGAUUUCUAGUAGGUUUCUAGCCCAACAUCUUCAAAUUAUUGUAAUAUGUUUUAAGUAGAUUUUUAAACAUGGGAAAAAAAACCCCAAAAAACAAAACUGUUUGACAAGCCAUGUCUGCAUGUACAAGAGCAGUCUAAAAUAACAAUCUUUUGCGAUUUUUCCUGCGGACAUGGUUUGCUGAAUCGCAAUAAAAACCACACAGAAUGAAGCGCACAGUAAUGUAGACGAAUGUCUUUCUUUGCAGUAUAUCUGCCGGUUUAUACAGUUGCUGUGGUUGAAGGAUUUACGCAGACUAACGCUGUUUCAGCUCGAAUCUGAAACUGAAUCUACAUGAAAUUCGAAUCUUAACGAAAAAUAUCCGGGGGCGGCUGACAUCCUAUCGUUUUCUCAUAAAACGAUUCCAAGACCUUUUUUGCAAAAGGUAUUGGGCUGCUUUUAACAUAAAUCAAACUUCAGCAUGAUUUACAGUCAACUGGCUAAGAUUCAGUGUGAAGACAAACAAAACAUCGCUUAUAUCAGACUAAACGAACUGUGAUGAUAAUCUUAAUGCCCGCCCGGAUUUUCGAUUCCAACACUGGUUGUGCUUUGCGAUUUUUCCUGCCGAAACAACAAGCUGUUUGAAAAUAACAAGUGCGUUGUAUCAUUUUGUGAUAGUUGUAGAUGAAUGUCUUUCGCAGACGAAUAUUCCAAAGUGAGCGUGUGACGCGUGAGAAGUGUUUAUUCUCUCAGCUGCGUUGUUGACGUUCGCUUCAGGUUACAAAAGCCGUGUCUCAUGAUCUACGAUUUGCGAUUUUUCCUGACAAAACAACUAACGUUUUUAAGACCUAGUUUGCUUUAUACGAUUUACUGUAGUGUACUAAUGAAUGUCUUUCGGAAAUUAGGUAACUACAUGCGUAUUUUGGGAUACACCGCGAAAUAUAAGUUUGUCGACAGAUGAAGACAAACAUGGCGCAGUAAGAAUUCACGCGUUGGCCGUGUAGUUUCUGCGAUUUUACCUGGCUUCACAUUAUGAGCUAAAAAUUAAAGUAUAGUUUUGUCAAAUGCGCAAUAGUCUGAAAAUGGAUGUCCUUGAUGAAUUACGUUUAUUCCGUGAAAAGAGACUGAGCAAUUCCACAUUUUGUACCCCCGUUUCAUAUUCAUCUGAAUCUGAAACUUGAAGCUGAAACUGUAGAGCGGAUCGUUGACCACUCCCUAAUCAGUAAUCAUACUAUAUGAACAAAUCAUUUAGGCACGUAGCCCUUAUCUCUUCUGUGGCACGUAGCCUAAACACCAAAAUGCAUUUAUGCAUACUUCUGCGUGUAGCUAAAUCUUAACUGUGGCUAAAUCUUCCCUAGACCUAAAUUAACAACUAAAAUCUGUCUCAGCAUGCAGUCAAGAAUGUCUUGUCUGGAAACCAUCUCGUUACACGAUUGCAUUUUAUCAGCCGUCAAGGCUAUCUUUAAAACAGGGAAUGGGGAAUCCGGGAAUCGGGGAAUCCGGGAAUCGGGGAAUCCGGGAAUCGGGGAAUCGGGAAUCCAGAACUGAUAAGACAGAGAUGUUAGUGUGCUUGUUGGAAAACGCAUUCGCUACUGUAUACAAUGCGAAUCAGUUGUCUUAAAUAACUUAUGCUUAUGAUAUAUUAUGAUUAUAACAGCGCUGUGCACAUGCAUAUGUGAUUUUAAUAACAUAUACAGCUAUUUCAAUUAAGGUUGUCCCCCGAGCAAAGCGGAAAAGUCGAAUACGAGCGCGAAAGGCUGCUGGGAAUCGCUAAUAAAUUCAUUCAUUCAGCUUUUCGCGCUCAUAUUCGACUUUUCCGCUUUGCUCGGGGGACAACCUUAAUUGAAAUAGCUGUAAUUUUAUUAAUUUCAAUUAGACAUUAGCGUCUAUACAAUUUUGUUCCAACGCGCAAGUAUUUUGAAUUAAUAGACUGUGAAAUGCAUGCAUCUUACAGGAAACGGGAUAACAUUAAUGCGGCGACGACGCGGUAUGUUUUUAGUUUUUAUUCACGGAUACUUUGUAUAAUCCCAAAUUACUUACAGUACUUUAAAAUUAACAUAUUUUUUUAUUAUUUUUUAACAACUAAAAAUCGCGCAAAUUUGGUUUAAGCUAGCCUACGGUGUAGACCCCAGCAGAAACACGUUUAACACCCCUCACGAAAAGUGUUUCUGCUAGGGUCUGUAGGCUAGUUUAAGCGGACGUUGGAGGUUUUAAACUCCACAGUAAUGUCUUAAAGUAUCCGAGAAUGAAAACCGUACCUCGUCGCCGCGGAAUUGCGCCCCGUUCGCUUUAAUAUUUAACAUAUAAAACGUGGGCUUUUGGUGCUAUCUCGGUUCCUGUAUAUGAUGCAUGCAUUGUGCAGUCUAUUAAUUAAAAAAACUUGCACGUUGGAACAAAAUUCUAUAGACGCUAAUGUCUGAUUGAAAUUAAUAAAAUUAUAUGUUAUUAAAAUCGCAUAUGCGCACAGCGCUAUUAUACAUAAUAUAUAAUAUAUUUUAAGCAUAAGCUAUAGUAUAGUAAGACAACUGAUCCGCAGUGUAUACUGUAUGUUCAUCGUCUGUAUUAUUCUAAACAAAGUAGCAAAUGCGUUUUCCAACAAGCACACCAAUAUCCCCGUCUUAUCAGUUCUGGAUUCCCGGAUUCCCCCAUUCCCCGAUUCCCGGAUUCCCCGAUUCCCGGAUUCCCGGAUUCCCCGAUUCCCGGAUUCCCCGAUUCCCGGAUUCCCCGAUUCCCGGAUUCCCCGAUUCCCGGAUUCCCCGAUUCCCGGAUUCCCCAUUCCCUGUUUUAAAGAUAGCCAACAGUCAAGUCAAGAAACAAAUAAAUCGCAUACUUUAAAGUUUGAAGUUGGUUAUUCUCUCUCAAACAUAUUUUCAUAUCAAACCGAUCAGUCGUCAACGUUUGUAUAUUUUGGCUUUCAUCUGUUUCUAAAAUAUGCCAUUUAUAGAUUUGUUGUUUACAAACGUUGAUAAACUUUGUGCCGAUUUUAAUACUAAUAGUGCGCGUCUUGUUUAUUGAAGGUUGAUAGAUUUUGAAACGUAACUUUUUGCCACAAAUCACAAUGUAAACAUGUGGAUAUCAGGCGGUAUAGACAAUUACGGCUUUAGACUUUUUUUCGGCCUACAGCAAUAUUUAUAAAACUAUUUUUCUGAUAUACAGAGGGUCCUGAAGUGGGGGGGGGUCCCAAUCCCAUUUCCCACCUUAAAUUUUGGCAAAAUCCCAGUCCCAGUUGGAUUUUUAUUAGAAGUCCCAGUUAUUGAAAUCCCAGUCAGUAAAAACCCUUUAUUUAUCGGUAGAAUAAACAGUUUUAAGACCUUUUAAGCAAGUGGCGGACACUUUAUGAAAUAUUAGGGGAGCUCGUGCCGAAGGCACAGAAAAUUUAAAAAUUUGAAUCCCGGAAAUGGCAUUUGCAGCAUUCUGAGACACACAUAAUCAGAAAACCCAGAAUUCCGGGCGCCAGAGUAUGCCUGUUCGCAGGUGGUGCUGCGAAUAAUAUAGUUAACAACAAAAAUCAUGACCAAAGACACCAAAAACGGAUCAAAAUUGUAUUUUAAAAUACUCAAAACGCAGAAAAAUUAGGAAUCGACUCGCAUUACCUCAAUCCCAUUCCCAUUUUUGAGGACUUCAUUUCCCAUUCCCAGUGGCCAAAUCCCAGUCCCAGCAACCCAAAUCCCAUUUUCCCAGUCUAAAAAUAGAUCAAUCCCAGUUCCCAUUUUACCCCUUCAGGGCCCUCUAUACAGUACACAUUUUAUAACACGAAGAUAGUCGUAUAUAUUUCCAUAAACCACGGCAUAAACACCGAUAUGCACAUGCAGUCAUAUACCCAUAUUCAUAAACACUGAUAUGUACAUGCAGAUGUAACAAUUACUUAAUUAUAGUCUUAAUAGAGUUUGAUUACUUCACAUUAUUUAACACGUUUUCUUCGAGAACAAACCGUUUAUCUCUAGUGCAACAUAGUUAGACUUGAAUAUGUAUAUUAACACAACAUAUAUUGAUCUCCACCACCAUUGCCGCUGCCUCGCGUCAACCAUUUGCUUUUAUGCAUGUUUUUGGGUCUUUCUAGCUAUGCUUACAACUUUGGUUGAUCUCUAUUGGUCUGGAAAUAUAUUUUGUUGUAACGUUUGCGACGACGUGCAAUGUCUGCAAUUUCUUCGACGAGCCGUAUAGCACACCUUGUAUAUUGAAAUCUGAUAUAUCUUUGCUCACCGACAUUCUGGGUACAAUGACAUUUGAUAUUUCUAAUUGUGUCACUGGAUAGUAUUCAUGACAAAUAAAAUAUUCAAUCUUGUAAACAUUUCCUGCAUGAUUUCUGCGUUAUUUCUUCGCUCACUCCUUGCUCAGUGACAAAACGCUACCUAAUAGAAAUUUAUUGUUAUCUCCCAGAUUCUGGGAGACACGUGACCGGGACAAUACCAGGGUAUUUUCUCAGCAGGUGGCCGUGCACCGAGUAUAAGAGAAAAUAGCCUGGGUACAAGGUUGGACUUGCUCCAAGUCAGUCUCUUUCAUUGUCAUACAGUAUCGAUCCACUAUAGUGUACAUUACAUGACGUAGCACGGAGAGGCGGAGCGAGAAAGAGAGACUUGUCAACUUCGGAAAAUCUCGGUUCAAAACUGAACCGAAAAUGCAAGACUUGCUUUAAUUGUUUUCUGUCAGUGUUUAUAUGUAUUGAUCUAGCAACGGUUUUGCUGCUGUUAUAACAGUCAUGUCGUUGAUCCGAAUUUCCUCUUCUGAACUUUUCCCACCUGGUCCAGUCAGAUAAUUUGAUAUCUGGACAGCAGUAAGGCUUUUCUCUUUCUCUGCUAGAAUGUCGUAUUUUGCUUUGGAAAAGCAAACGACUCGUUUUCUUUUCUUUUCCAUUUGUAGUUGGAACUCGCACCAUAAUACUUUCUUUCCCUUCCGUAGAGGAGAAA